AUGCCAAGUUGUGCCGUCACCUUCUUGUCGCCUUUUCUCAUCUGCGUCACCACCCUCGACCCACCCUACAGCCCGGCUUGUCGGUCACAAGUCCACUCUUCCAGCUAG